AUGUCGACGACAAAAUCUUGUGGCGCCAUGCCUCGACACGGCUCCGCUUCCCACAUUCUCUACCUAUUUGCCUUCGCCGGCUUGACCAGUCAUGUCUACGCUCUGCCUUCCGGAUCUAGCCGGGCGAUGUUGAGUGAAAGGAUGACUGCUGAAUUGCAAGCCGAUGGGCUCACUCUUAUUCCAAGAGCCGAAUCCGAGGGAACACUCUCCAAAGGUGCCGCUGCUGGUAUCGUUGUUGGUGUAAUUGUGGCUGGUUCCAUUGUUCUCUCGGUCGUUUGGUUCUGUCUUCGUAGGAAGAAGUCAAAUCCUGAACCUGAAACCCACGUAGUUCAUGAGAAUGAACGUGGACGUGAACCUGAGCAUGAAAACGAUACUGACUCGGAAAAGCUCUCAACAACCUCUUUAACAGACGCUACAAUUGCCACUCCUCCAAGUAGAUCGGGGCUUUCUCGUAUCAUGAGCAAGGUGGCUCCUGCGCGAGUAAGUAGUCAGCCGAAAAAUCAAACUAUCGACAAGACGGUACCGAUUGAGGCCCCCAACAAUGAGAUUUUCGAGCUAUCCGCUUGUCGACCUCCUGCUGAGCUUGAUGGCGACACGGGAGGUUCCGACGACUUCUGGAUUGUCGAUCAUGAGGUUGGGUUUGGCUUGGAUGAGGCUUAUCCACUCAGCCCGUAUGAGCAGACGAGGCUUAAGAUGGACCGCCAACUGGCAGGACCUGUUCCUGCGUAUACACCAGGCGAUUGGGAUCAAGUUGCACUGGAAAAGAAGGGACAAGAUGAUGCUAAAGACGGCUACGAAGGCGAGCAACAGGAAUCAUCCCCCAACCAAAAUAGCCCCGAUAUGAGGAGGUCAUCAUCUAACGCCUGUGUCGACCCAUCCCCGCUCUCUCCACACAACACUUGGUCUACUCAUAUCUCCCAAGUGCCGUCCCCAAUGACCAUGGUGACCUCUGUGGUCACCCCUAAAUUCCCUCCUACUGCUCUCACGAGAGGCAAUUCAAGCGGUACUUAUCGCGAGCGAUCCCUAGAGCUUAACCUCACGACUCGGUCAAACUCUGUUCCCAACUCUUCAUCAAGCGAACGGGGUCCCUCUCGAGUCCAACGAACACCUAUCAAUCCUACCGAGGUGGUUUGUCUCGGCCCCAUCCCCGAGAAUAUUAUGCUACCCGGACAAAGCCCCAGGCCGGAGAUGGAUGGGCCCGGAGGCUUCAAUCUCGUAUUACCAACUUUUCAACCUUCAGAUGACCCAGCAGAAGACACACUGGGAAGUAAUUUUACAAUUGAGGAAGAUGCCCGGAUAGCGGAGGUAUUGGAAACCGUCAGAACCGCAACACAAGCCGAACUAUCACAAAAGCUCCAGUCCAGAUGGUCUAGCGCCAACAAGGGAACUUCAAUACAAACCUCGCAACAAUCACCUCCGCUCCCGGCUACGGUAGCAGAAUUAGAGUCGGCCUCGCCAACCACAUCGGAAUCGCCGAUACGAAAAGAACGGAUCGACCCAGCACUGGAUUUGAUUCAUGUUCCGCAAAUUCCCAAUCAGCGAUAUAGUUGGGAAGGGAGCACUCCCCAUUGA